GUCCAAACAUUUACAGUUGAUAUAUUUCGAGUAUAAUCACAGGAGUGUUGUAGUGUUUCAUAUUAACACACUGUUGCGGAAGAAUACUGUUCUAAAUGGGGGAUGUGAAUGAUUGAGCGCUCGUCGUAUCCUUGCGCCCCGCAGGUGCUAUGACUGUACAAGGUCUUUUUAAAACAUUUUCUUUUAUUUUCGGAGGCCCUGAACUUUUUUAAUCACUUUCAAAAAAGGAUUAACUAUUAAAACAUGAGCGACAGUCGUCUUUUGGUUCGACGAAGCAAAAUCCUAAAGUCCCGACACACUUUUCUGGAACCUGUCCUCCAUUUGCUAACAAGUCAAAGACAGGGCUCUCCUAUGGCCUUUGCACGAUUCAGAAAGCCAGUUGCCCACACGGACAGGUGGCUGCAAGCAGAGGAACUGGUGCUGAAGAAGACAGCACUGGAACUGGAGGAAUCACUGAAACUGGCACUGAAGGCAGAUUUGACACAGAAUCUGCCACUUACACUUGCACUAGAUGUGAAACUGCAGCAGGAACUGGAACUUGAGGUUCAAAUGGCACAAGAGCUGGCAAUAGAGGUGGAAAACGCACUGAAAAUGGGGGUAGAAGGAGAAAUAACUCAUGCACUGGUACUGGCACAAGUUGUGGAAUUGGUGACACAGUUGGCAAUGGAAAUGAAUGUGAUAUUUAAUAAAGUACAGACACUGGCCACAGCACUACAGCUAACACUGGAAGUUGAACACAAGGUGCAGCUCGCACUUAUUACGUCACUGGAGAAGGCAUUGCUACUGGAUGCAGCAGUGGAAGCUGCAACAAAAUCAGCAAUGACUUUAACACGAGAGGCAGAAUUGGCAUUGGAGGUGGCAUUGGAAAUGAUACUGGAAUUGGAGGAUGAACUGGAACUGUCACAGAAAGUUGAGUCUACUCUGAAAGAAACUCUUAGGAGGACAAAGGCCAUGGCACCAAAAUCGGCCCUGGUUGCAGCACUAACAUUAGAGGUGGCAGUGGAGAUGGAAUUGGCUUUGGAGCUUGCUCUGGCAGUUGAAUGGACUUCUGUCAAUGUACGGGACUGUCAAUAGCUCCAGCCAUCCAUGCUUAACAUCAGCUAGAAUGACCCAGGACUCAGUGGCUCCACAGAGCUCUACUGCAGAGGUAAUGUGUCAGCAUCAUUCAGGAAGCCUCAGGCCUGAGGAGUUUCGCUAAAAUGUACUAUCACUUAGCUUCAUGCAGAAAGGAUGAUUUUCCAGGUCAAAAUAGCUAAAACAGCUAAAUGCUGUGGAAAGUGGGUAAAAAAGAUCAGUGAAAAUGUAUCAUUUUCAUUCCUAAAAAGCUUAAAGUCAAUCUAAACAUAUGUAGGCUUAUGCUUUAGCUUACUUACUGUUACUUUUAAAAUAGAUGCAAUUUUUAAGUCUUUUUGGGUGUUGAAGCCCUUACUAGAACAUGGACUCAAGCUCUGACCCUAGCUGAUGCUUUUACAAGCCACUUGAAUGUAUGGUAAAAUUUAUUUUUUCCUCUUAUCCUCUUAAGUUAAAAUUACAGUUUUUUUUUAGACUUAAAUUACAAUGAAUGACCUACCAUGAAUACAUCUUUUUUUUUUUUACCCCACUAAUGUACCUAGGCUAUUGUAAAACCACACCCUCAGUCAUCUUAGUGACUAAUCAGUUGCUUUUUUUGUGGAAUAUCUUUGCCCCUCCCCCUCGAUGUGUGUGUUUGUCUGUUAAUCUCUCUCCAUGAGAACCUUUACCCUUUCAGCUGAGUUCACAAAGUCAGAGUCGAGCUAAUCUGGUUUUACCUUAACUCCUAAAACAAGCCUGCGAUUAAUCUAGGAAUGGCAGUAAUCAGGUGUAAACUUGUUAAUAUGUGCAUGAUCAGCUCUCUGGUUGAGGGGGAAGGGGAAAAGGGCCACAAAAAUCUUCUUGGACAUACAUAACACAUUAGAGAUUUACCAGUAAUUUUUGGAAAAAACAAUUAAUAAUUAUAAAUAAUAGUUUUUACACUGUGGAAAUCUCACUGUAAAAAAGACUUGUUUUCUUACACCCUGAUGUCACUGAGACAAGCAGCUCAGCUGAAGCUGGUUAAAAAAAAACAAAAAAAAAAACUUCUCUUACUGCAGGGGUGUCAAACUCAUUUUCACCAGGGGCCACAUGUACUUAAUUUUUACUAAUUUACUUGGGCACUGGGUGG